AGGAAUCGUGAUGUAUCAACAGCUGUCCCUGUACACAUGUUAAAGAAGGCUGACUGACUCUCCGAGAUUUAUGUAGAGAAGCCCACAGUAAUAAACGUUAUUCAAGUGCGUAGGCUAGCUAAAAGCAAACGAAGCUUUCGCCGGGACUCUCUGGCACUGUGAACAUCGAUUUCCCCGCAACUCCUCGUGAUAACUAGUUGUCAAGAGCGUGGUGUAUAGAGUAAUUAUUUUCGAAAGAAAAGUGAAUUGGCAUUAAUUAAUUUUAAUAAAAGUUAAACAGUCGAUAAAAGAAAAUAUAAACUAAGCAUAGAUGAGUUGAAAAUAGAAAAGGUUUAAGGAAAAUUUCUCGUUUUAAGCUGAUGAGUUCAAUUUUCUUAUUAUUGAGAGAAAUGUACCCAGGAGUUCAGCAGUGACAUAACAAUGGGACUACUUUUACGUGCAGAAACCUUAAUGAGAUAUUUUAAACAACAACAAACAAGACAUGUGAUAGUUAAAACAAUGGAAAUUAAAUUCCUUUAGACUGCUUUGUUAAAGGAUAUUUUGAACAUCUCCAGUACCCAUGAAAGUUCAAUCGCCAAAGUCAACCCAAAGCAAUGGGUCUCCAAGAGGUCACCCUAUGUACCAAGUUCCAAAGGAAAAAUUGACUAGAGCUAUAUCUUUGAAAAUAUGGCUUGGAGCUAUUAUUUUUAUGUUCGUUGCUGGUACCGUCAUGCUCGUCGUGGGAGUUGUUUUUUGGCAAACGGGUUUGGCGAUUUUUCUAAGUGGGUUUUUCUGUUUGGUACUUGCCGUACCCAUGUUUGCCCUCUAUGUGUGGUAUCUCCGCUGGCGAAAGGUUGGAAUAGUCGAAAAGGGCAGAAAAGUGCAAAACACGAUAUCAACAAUCGGUAACCCUGAAUUAUACACCCCAGCUCCUCUCCAACUCAAAUCCGACUAUCCCAUGGGACCUCUUCUCAUCAUGACUCUUCCAAGGACCAAGUGUUCUUCACCAUCUCGCCCUGUAAAUGAUGCUGAAGAGGAAUCGUCUCCUAAUAUUAGCGGAAAGAUGUACCCGUUAAACCUGCGCAACAAAAAUCUUCCUCCGCUAGCAAGUGUUGAAACUCUGUCACCAUCCUUGACGUCAUCGGUUGUGAGCCUCGAUACAGCCAUCUAGUGGUAUCAAAAAGAAAGAAAUGCCUGCAUUCACCGAAAGAAAUAAUUCACCCGAAGUCUGAAAACACAGUUUACUUUUGGUUUCAAAUAACUUAAAUGUUUAAGUAACAUGCUAAAUUUAAAGAAAACAAAAUGGCUGGACCAUCAGUUUGCUGACAGUUUUAUAAUGUCGAUAUUUAAUCUUAGAAAAGCUAUAAAAAAAAGGUUGUAGCUGUUAUAAUUGCUUGUGACUAAUAGAUGUUUUAUUAGAGUUUAGUACAAUAUUCUCAUUUAGUUUUACACCACUAUAAAGUUAUACAUCGAAAGUUUAAGUAAUAUAUGGAUUAUUCCACUUCUUUCUUUCUUAUUACUCUAACACAUGUUAUGGCAAAAUUCUUAUCGUGACUACUAUGUGAGCUAUUUAUGUAAAUAUGCUAUGCUAUUUGAUGAUAACGAAGUGCGGCUUGAACAACAUUACUUUUUCUACGCUUUGCUGUGAAAUGUGUAUACCCUCAUUUUUCUAGUAGAAUGUGAAAACAAGUAUUUAGACCUACCCAAGGAGCAUUUGAAGUAUAAUAUGCUUUGAUUUUAUUUGUAGUGUAACAAUACAAUGGAGAAUAAUGUAAAAACAAAGAUGAAAACGUUUGCCCUUAUGAUGAGACCUAAUAAAACUUAACAGCACCAGCA